CGACGACGACGACACAGGUGGGGUCGGUGACUCAACGUAAAACCAUCUUAAUUCCGACACUCUUAGACGCAGAUUUGUUUCUUCCAAGUAACAAUUUUGUUUUAUAUCUUUUGAAAAAAUGACACUGAGAAUACGAAUGGCACAGGCCGGCGAUGAGGCAGGCAUUGCCCUGGUGUCAACACUGGCCUUUGCACCAGGCAAGGAUGCCCUGACGACGAAUCUAUUCCCAGCCCGUCUGCAGCCGGAAACAGGCGACCCUGCCAUGACGGCAUAUCCUUGGAGACUCACCCGCAAGGCCUGGUGGAUCAGAGAAGGCGAAGGCAUCAUGAUGGUCGCGGUGGAUGACGCGCUGGACGGGAAGAUUGUUGGCUUCUCGCUCUGGGAGAGCCCUCGGGAGCCGGGCACCAAGGGACCCAAGGAGCCAUCAGUACCGUGCCCUGGAUUUGACCCAGAGGAAUACGCUUCUUUCAGAGAUCAUAUGGAAACCACAAUUAAAGGUUGGUUCGGCGAAGUUGGUCUCAGCAACAUGUGGUAUCUGGACUACUUGGCGGUAGAUCCCGCCCACCAGCGUAGAGGACUGGGGAAGAUGCUGUUACAAUGGGGUUUAGACAAGGCACAGGAAGAGAAGAGGGAUGCCUUCCUGAUUGCCACGCCCGCGGGAAAGCCGCUAUAUAGCCAUAUGGGCUUUGUGGCGAUCCACGAGGUCGACCUCUGGGGGGUGGAACAUCUUGGCAUGAUUAAGCGGCACCAGGAGCAAUAAAGGAUUGUCCCGUGAAACCGGAAUAGACAGAAAGAAAAAGUCAUGAGAAAACUAGAAGCUGGGUAAAAGGCAUCAUAAAAUGUUGAUGGCACUUAGAAUUCUAUUAUCUUGGCUACGACUGGUUGGAUGUAAUACUCUGGAACGUCCUCGCGUUGUUUAUCGUUAUAUGCGUGACCAAUUAUAUCAAAGGUACACAGCUCAAUCUUGUCGUUCAGUUCUUUAGUCCCUAUUACUUCCCCCUCUGCCCAUUUCCAUUGCCGUUGUUCCUUGCAAUAGAGCCAUGCCCUUCCCCCACAUGUGUCAGGUUCUAUCCGAGUUGCCUGUACCCCGCCAUGAUUGUGUCGUUGCAGCUCGACAUCUCUGUCUGAUAUAAACACAUGGACUGUGUGGAAAUAGUCGUAAAAAUCUAGCAUCUCGUUGAUGUAGCCAUCAUCAUGAGAAAGACAAUUUCGUCCACAGAUACCCCAGUGUUUUGGCGUCGGGUAUAGACUGUACACCUCGUCUAAUGCUUCCAUCUGGUCAAAACCACUCACAAUCAUGUUCUCCGCUUCCCCGUAUUCAAAGUACAAUAUGUCCUUGGAUGGAUUCAUACGCCGUGCGAUAAUGGGGCAACCUUGCUCUUUAUUUUGAAAGAUUUCGUAGCCUAGCUGUGGUGCAUGAAAACAGGCGGCCGUCUGAGCUUCCUGGUUCACCUUGAGUAGUGGCACGUCGACGGGCACCGCAUCCAGCUUCUCGUAAAAGUAUCGUAAGAAUAAAUUGCUUUCGGUAAGGCCAUAUAACGGAUCUCCUGGCUGCGCAUACCAUGGAGUGAGAUGCUCUACGCAGUGGAAAAAGACUGCGGACGAAUCGUCAGUGGCGUGAGGUAUGGCAUGGCGCCAUAUUCGAUCUCGAAGCUCUGGGGGAAGCUUCGGGAAUAGGGUGAAUACCUUCUUCUCGUUAGCAUGAAGAUGCAUUUUCUCCUUUGUUAGAUUGAUGGUUUGAAAGAUCUGAAAGGAUAGUUUACGCUGAGCUGUCUUAAUGGUGUGAUGUCCAAAUCCGCGCUAGUGUCGUGGCGGCGUCUGAGCGUCAAACUCAUGGUCAUACAGUGCAGGAGGCCGCUAGGUUCAUAUUAUCGUAGUGAAUAUCGGGUCGCGGCAAUCUGUGACGAUCACAGUUUUAAGUAACCGCCAAUACCAGUGAAAAAUCUGGAGAAAAUCUGUAUUGACUACGUAUUACUAGUGUAUGAGAUGGAACUAGU